AUGGAGAUGUGGAGGGCAAUAAAUCCUGUAAAAAAUUGUCCAGACAAAAUAAAUACUAAAUAUGAACAAAUCUCUAAGAUGGAUGACUUAUUCGAUUAUAAUCUUCGUAUGACAACGUUUAAAAAAAGAGAAGGGACAGAAACCAGAAUUGGUUACAUUUUUGCAGGUGUUUAA